AUGCUUCGUGUGGAGAUCAAUGCCGUGUCGACAAGCGGCAGCGGUAGGAGGAGGAGGGUGUGCGAGUUGUGCGGUGGCGGCAAAGAAGACGGAGGGGUCUCAAGAAGAACGCCAGGAACGGGAGUUGUACUACCUGGGGAUGAGUACCUGGCGCAAGGUGGCUUGUCAGGCAGAGAUGCGUCGCGUGGGUGUGUAGCUGGACCUGGCGUGUACCUGUGGCGUCGUUCCGAGCCGGGGCCAAGGGGGGGGGGCGCGAGGAGUAGGAGUAUCGAGGACAUGGGCCGUGGAAGCGAAGAGCGGACAACGAUGAGGGGGUGGACGAUGCGAGGAGGGGGGUGGAAGGCGAAGAGGGAAAGGAGGGGGGUCGGCGGCCGACAAGGGCAUCUUCGGAGGAAGACCUCAGUGAUGCCGACAGGGAAGAUGAUGAUCAGGGACGAGAAGGGUGCAAGCAUACAGGCCAGGGUCAAGUGUGGUGGUGGUGAGGGUGAGGGUGAGGAUGAGGGAAAAGAUGACAGCGCUGGCCUCCCCCGCGACGAACGCGGUGCGAUGGGUGGGAUUUCAGAUUUCAUUGCCAGUGCAGGUGCAAGUGCAAGUGCAAGUGCAAGUGCAAGUGACAAGGAAGGGCACCUUCUUGCUGCGAGUCUGGUGAGCGACUGA